GUCCUGCAAAACAGCUCAGGUGUAAGAAAUGGCUAUGAUAUGCAGCCCAAGACCUUUUUCACACUUAGGAGUUACAGCAAGGCUUCCUGAAAUCCAACAUCCUCUCUCUAGGCUUGGUGACCCUGAAACAAUUUCUGUCAGGGGUGUCUCAAGAGAUGGACACAGAGAUGCCAGACUUGGAAAGGUCACCGCUGGGAUGCUACCAGACCAUAGAAGUAAAAGUGCCUUGCAUAUCAAGAUUUCUCCCAGGAGAGACAGUAAAGGACCUACAUUGAAGGAUGUCCUCAAAAUGCAUGGAGUAGAACGGUUAGACAGCUGGAAGAAGCUGGACCAGUGGGUAAAUUUAGAUAAAAGACAAUGGAAUGAAGGAAGAACUGCGAAUGAAGAUGAAAUCCAUAUUUCUUCACGUCCUGGAACACAAGUCAAUCUACAAACUGAUGAGCUGAUAUAUCUGAUUCAAGAAAAAAUAACAUCAGGAGGAUUUUACACUUUAAAACAACUUUUCCAAGCCAAUGACCCAACUGGCAGAGGUCAUGUUACAAGAGAUGUUCUAAAGAUUAUACUAACUAAGUUUCUGGGAAAAUUCAUUACAGAGAAGCAGUUUUGCCUCCUUUUAUCUAGAUUACUUCUUAAGGAUAAGGCCAUCAUAACAUUUGAAAAAUUUCACCUGUGCUUCAGAGCAGACGAUGUUAAAGGGUACCCAUUAUGGAUGGAUCCAGUCCGAAGACAACAGGCACCUGAAAAGAAAACAGCCGUACAAGUACAUUUGUACCUGAAGGAGAUUGUCAGGGACAGGCCUCUGGAAUUCAUGAGUUUUCUGCCAGAAGAUGAUUACAGCAGAAUAUCUCACCCGGAAUUUCUUCACAUUCUGUACCAAAUGGGAAUAAUUAUGGAAGAGCAAGAAUCUGAAAAACUCUGGAAAAGGUAUGACAAGGGUGGCGUUGGAACUGUUAAAACUGAAACACUGCUGAAGACCCUGGGUUACAAAUAUUGCAGUGAAAAUGAGGAACAAAGAAAAUCUCUGUUGACUGCUCUCAGCAAAGUGUCCAACAGUCACCCAGAAAAUCAAAUAAGGACUCCAAGAAGAGGUUUGUCAAGCACUGAGACAGAAAGAAAACUUAUCUUAAACAUUGAGAGAUGGCUAAAAGAAAAGCUGAAAGAAGGUUUCAAGGACAUACUGGCAGAAUUUCUACAUUAUGAUCAAGAAAGAACAGGAAAGGUAACCAAAGAAGAAUUCUUAAAAGUCCUGCAAAAAUUCCACCUUCAUAUGAAAGAAGAUCACCUUAACCUUUUCUUAGCUCGAUGUGGUCUUCGUGAACCUUCAGAAAAUGUGACCUACACAGACUUCUUACAGAUGUUUCAGGACAGAAGUGACAAAGGCAUCCUGCAGAAGGUUAUUUCUGAUAGUAAUCAUAGGUUUCAUAAGACAAAGAAUAAGGGUCCUAAAUCCACCAUCAGCGCUUUAGAAUCAGGACUGCUGAAUCUUCUUCACUCGGAUUUUAUAGGUCUUCUUCAUGCAUUUCAGGCAGUUGACACAAAGAAAAUGGAUGCAAUUAGUCCAAAAGAUUUCCGAAACGUAAUUGAAAAAAGAUGUCUAAAGAUGACAGAUGAAGAAUUUGAAUGUUUGUUACAAAGGCUACCAAUUGACAAUUUAGGGAACAUAAAAUACUUGGACUUCAUGGCUGGAUUUGAAAGCAUGUAA